UUACACUUUUAAAACAGAUCAACAAUGUGGUUACACGUAUUUUUUUUUAUUUUUUUUAUCAAUACGUUUGUUCAUCCCUCUUGUGUGCGCGACGACCAAAGACAAAAAAAUUGGGAAGAAAAAUUAACAAAAGCUAUUUUAUGUUCCAAUAUACGAGAGCCGCCGAAUAAAAACUUAACAACAGUCGUCGCUCACUUUAGACUUAAGACUUUCAACUAUGAAGAAGACGAAGAACUUUUUUACACUUACAACUGGAUAUUUUUUAGAUGGACUGAUCCCAGACUAAAAUGGAAUCCAGUCGACUACGACGGCAUCAAUCAAAUCAUAGUACAUCCAAUGGAUAUUUGGACACCAAUACGACAUGUGAAAAAUUUGAAAUCAAUAGAUGAAGAUACUGACAAUUUUUCUUUCUCACUUUUUUGCCAAAUUUCCAGUGAUGGUACAGUUUCUUGUAUCCCUCGUGUCCUUCAAGCCACCGUGUGCACUACAAACUUAAAAAACUGGCCCUACGAUGUUCAAAACUGCACAUUUAUAUUCGGUUUUGGAAGAGGGGGUAAGAAUGAUGUAUUUCUUACAUUCAAUUCAACAAGAGGCAUAUCAGCUCUCGGAGCUGAAUAUGGCAAUGGGUGGGAUAUUGUCAAUUUCGAGUCUAGAGAGAUUCAUAAUAAAAACACUGAACUACAUCUAACUUAUAUUGUGGAACGAAGAGCAUUAGGACUGGUUUGCAUGAUAGUAAUACCAGCUGUUAUCAUAAUUGUUUUGACUAUGACAUCAUUAUUUUUAGAUGUGAGAGAUAAUAAUCGUUUAUACUUCCUAGUUUUCAGCCUGCUCAGUCAUUUCUAUUUCUUACAAGCUAUCAGUGAAAAUUUACCUCAUCACGGUCCUGAUACUCCUAGAAUAUUAAUUUUUAUCCGUUCCUCUAUUUUCGUUACCGUUACCGCAAUAUUAUUGACUUUAAUAUUGAAAACAUUGAGGAAGAACACCGUCAGUCCACCCCUGUGGGUCAUUAUAACUACAGAUUAUGUUUCAAAAAAUUGUUUACGUUAUUUAAUUUUUGUUACUUAUCAAGACGAAACAAACGAUUUUUCUGAAAACACGGCAAACAGAAAUUGGUCAUAUUUUGUUAGUAUAGUUAAUGCUAUAUUCAUUUACUCCUUUUUUGUUACGUAUCAAAUCCUUUUUAUACAAUACAUACCUAAACCAUGGACAGCUUUAACAUGAGGUGUAUUUAUGUGUUAAUUACAAUAGGAUAUCAAAAUGUUGAAUAUAGCUUUUGUAUUAUUAUUUAUUUUAACAAAAAAUGUUAUGUUUCUAAUAAUUUUGUUCUCAAAUAUAUUUUUUUAUGUCAAAUCAUUUACGGACAACUGUAACAUCAAUUUUUAAUGGUAUUGUAACAUGAUUGUUCACAUUUUAGCUUAUAUUAUUUAAAUAAAAUGUAUGAAUCUAUAUUUCAAUUUAAAAUCCCAGAAUAUACCUGAAAUUUCAAAAAAUAAAAUGAAAACGAAGUUAUAUAAUACCGAGCCGGAAAUUUUCCGGAAAUCGAUACGCUUCCGUUUGCAAAACUCUAAACUCACUUUCAUCAAUAUGAGCACGAUGUUGAGAAUUUAAAUAUUUUUUUUAUACUAUAAUGGUUUUAUAAAUGUCAUUAAUUUUUCAUGACAUCUUGAUUAUUUCAAUAAUUAAAACAUAUUCCUUAUUUCUAUCCGUGAAGAAAUAUUUCUUAUUUUGUGAAUUCGGUCUCUGGAAAAAAGGGCAAGUACUAAAUUGUAAUAAAGUUGGAAACUUAGAAGUUAUGAGA